GAGAAUAGAAGAGAAAUGAAAGAAUUCAAGAAAUGAUGGCAACUGCUUUCCUCUCAUCAUCUGCGAAAACCAUCUUCCCUUCUUCAUCUUCUCAGAAAUCAAAUGGAAGGCCACAAUUCACUGUUCUCUGCAAAUCAUCAUUUUCAGAACCAAAAACCCAAUCUUUAAAUUUGAGCAAAAGGGGUCUUACAAUCUCUUUAGCUGCUUCAUUCAUUCUUUCUUUGUCAAAUGGAGCAAACUCCAUAGCCAAUGCAGCAAUACUGGAAGCAGAUGAUGAUCUUGAGCUUCUUGAAAAAGUGAAAAAUGACAGAAAGAAAAGGCUGGAGAGACAAGGAUUCAUUAGUUCUUACGACAAGGAAAGAGCAUAUCUUCAAGAAGUUGUUUAUAAGUUUAGUAAAGUGGGACAAGCAUUAGAAAAGAAUGAUCUUUCUGCUGUAAGUUCUGUUCUUGGUAAGAACACUGAUACAGAAUGGUUGAAGAAAACAACUGCAGCUUUCAACAAGUUGAGUUCUAGUCCUGAGGAGAAAACAGAAGUGGACACAUUCAAUUCUUCAUUAUCUAAUCUCAUUUCAUCUGUGGGGAAAAAUGAUGUUGAGAGUUCGAAGAUAGCGUUUUAUACAUCAGCAAGUGCGUUUGAGAAAUGGACGGAAUUGGUUGGUUUAACUGGUGAGCUUAAAGGACUUUGAUUAUUCUUUCUACUUCUUGCUUGUUGUGUUUAUUGUCUGCAAUUUAUUAUACUACUUACAUUAUUAUUAUUCUUAGUUGAGAUGAAAUAUGUAAUCUUUGCAGCAUCAAUUUAAUCAACUUUAUUGAAUGUUUUUUUGAAGUUAUAGAGUUCUUAGAAAUAAGAGAAAUUGUUGUAAAAGUAUGAUAAAUGGAUCAUGAAAGGAAUUGUUUUUGGGAA